AGUUCGAGCCAAGCGUUUGGUUGGUUGGUUGGUUGGUCGAUGGGGGAGACAACAACAAGCUAGACACCAUGAGGGUCCCCGAAACACUGAUUUGGGUCGCUUUUCUCAUCCAGAAGGUGGUGGGAGAGUACGGCAUGGCCCAUUUCAGUGACAAGGGCAAGAGCAAAGGAAAGGAUUACUGCAUAUUCUUCAACUCCCAGUGGGCACGUUUACCUCAGGAUCUCAAUAAGGCAUCACGUCUCCAGAUUCAUGACUUGACAACAUCAGUCCUGUGCUCACCCUCUGAGGUCCCAGAGGGAGGCUUCCCGAACCGCAUCCCCAUGGUGAUGAGGGGGAAUUGCACUUUCUAUGAAAAAGUUCGCCUGGCCCAGGUUAAUGGUGCCAAGGGCCUGCUCAUCGUCAGCAAGGACAGACUGACACCACCAGCAGGAAACAAGACUCAGUAUGAAGAGAUUGACAUUCCUGUGGCACUGCUCAGCUACUCUGAUAUGUUGGAUAUAAGCAAGACCUUUGGUAAAGGACAGCUGGUUGCCAUGUACGCACCCAAUGAGCCAGUGUUAGACUAUAACAUGGUGAUCAUCUUCUUGAUGGCAGUAGGAACGGUGGCUAUUGGAGGCUACUGGGCCGGCAGCAGAGACAGCAAGAAACGGUACAUGAAGCACAAGCGGGACGACAGUGCCGAGAAGCAAGAGGAGGAGACCGUAGACGUAACCCCGAUCAUGAUUUGUGUGUUCGUCGUCAUGUGCUGCAACAUGCUGGUGCUACUCUACUUUUUCUACGACCACCUGGCCAUUUGGGUCAUCAGGAUCUUCUGUUUGGCCUCCUCUGUCGGCCUGUACAGCUGCCUGUGGCCGUUCGUCAGGAGACUUCCUUUCUGCAAGUGCAGGAUCCCGGAGAACAACCUGCCGUACCUGCACAAGCGGCCGCAGAUCCGCAUGCUGCUGCUGUCGGCCCUCUGCAUCGGUGUCAGCAUCAUCUGGAUGGUGUUUCGCAACGAAGACCAGUGGGCGUGGGUGUUACAGGACGCCCUGGGGAUCGCCUUCUGUCUCUACAUGCUCAAAACAGUCAGGCUGCCCACAUUUAAGGCUUGCACUUUACUAAUGACCGUCCUGUUCGUCUAUGAUGUUUUCUUCGUAUUUAUUACACCUUCCUUCACAAAGAGUGGGCAAAGUAUAAUGGUGGAGGUAGCGGCUGGUCCCUCUGACUCCUCCACACAUGAAAAGCUUCCCAUGGUGCUUAAAGUGCCACGGUUAAACUCCUCCCCCCUGGCUCUUUGUGACCGCCCCUUCUCCCUGCUUGGCUUCGGAGAUAUCUUAGUACCAGGUCUGCUGGUUGUGUACUGUCACAGAUUUGACAUUUUAACACAAUCCUACAGGAUCUACUUCAUGGCCUGUACAGUCGCUUACGGCAUCGGCCUGCUGAUCACCUUCGUGGCGCUGGCCGUGAUGCAGAUGGGUCAGCCGGCGUUACUCUACCUGGUGCCUUGCACUCUGCUCACCAGCCUCAGUAUAGCGCUGUGGCGCAGGGAGUUGCCCCAAUUCUGGACUGGAAGUGGAUUUGUGCCUGCCAUAGUGCUCGCACCGAUCAACUGCACACAAACCGCCGCGCCGCCGACCAAGGAGCCCUCAGCUAAGCCAGAGCCACCAACCGCAGAGGAGCAAGCCAGUCAGAGUGAAGACUCCCCCCAGGACCCGCCUCAGGAAACUCCCCCGGUGGAGAGCAAUGAAGAGGAAAACAAACCCAACUGAAAUAACGUCUAGUACGGCACUUUUCCAUUUCACCGUGUUUACUUUGUUCAUUUUCUUUCUACAGUGUGUCCGAGUCACUGGACAUUUCACGUACUGAUGCUUGUUUGCACUCGGUGCCAAGUACGAAUCGGUGUUUUCUGAAUGUCGGGCUCAGCCGGGCACAGAGGGAAUCAAACUGACAAACAGAAGCAGUCCCAUCACCACCUCCUACUAACAUACAAUCUGCACCACCCGAAAGGGGAGUGAAAAGUCAAUCUACACAAUAUUUCCACUACACUCAGCUCUGUCCCAACCUAAAGACCCUGUCACGCCAGCAAAUAACAGUGCAAUGUAUAACUUGACCAGUAACACCAGAGCUAGAUUGCAGAUUAAAAAAAAUACCUCUCCUGAUUUUUGGUUUUCUUUACAUUUAAGAAGUGGUUUAUGGAGAAAAAAAGACCUUUUAAAAGCUGAGAUCUAAACCUGAGUAAAAAAUUUUUUUAACUUAUUUAAUAAACCGUCCAUCUAUAACGAGCACCCUGACGUGUUACAGAUCAGAGAAAAGGGGAAAAAACUUCAUGUGGAGGUUUUAGUGGUUCACGAUUCGAACAGCUUGUCUAGAUGAGAAAAAAAAUAAGUGAUAGUAGUAGUUGCUGUGUAGAAAUACUGGCAUCUCUAUUAAUGGAAUAGUGGUAAUGAAUUAUUUAGUGAGCUGAAUGAGCAGUGAGCAGCAUGUUUUGCACCCCUGAAAACCAACUUUAAUGAACUUUGAGCAAUCAAAAAAUGUAUUUAGUUCCUGAUCAGUCUCAUACAACUAACUCCGGGAUCCAACUAACCUGAUGGAGCAAAAAAAGAGAAAUGGUAAAAGAUUAGGUGGCAAACAGAAAAUUAAAGAUUUAAAUAUUCAAUCUUGCUCCAGCUUCUCAUAUAUGUGUAAGAAACAGAGUAUAUUUGGGUUUUGAAAUGUUGAUCACAUAAACAAAACUUGUAAAAUAAGUCAUCUCGAACAUCUGUUUUCUGCUUUUGGACAAAAGAAAAAUUCUAAAUAGCAAUCGGGUUUUUUUUAUCUAGCAGUUAAGAAAAGUAGUGCCAGGUUCAUAAUUUGUUGGAGAAAGGCACAUUUAUUUUGUAGUUUUUGCCUCUGUGCACCACAGUGGAUCCUAAAUCAAACAAUUACUAUGUGAGUGAAGAGCAGACUUUCAAUUUUAAUUCAAGGGAUUUGACAAAAAUUUAGCAUCAUUGGAGCCAUUUUUUGAUAGGGUAUUGCUGUCACCCCGCCGGGCAGGCAGUGUGGAAACAUAUCUUUGUGAACACGAUAACUUGAGAGCGAAGCGACGCAGAAUUUUUUAAAUUGAUAGCACAAGUGCAUCUAGUAAAAAUCUCAGAUGAGUUUAACCUCAAGGCGCUCCUGUUAGCGAACGAUUAUAAAAUUUUGCGCCGUCUUGAGAAUAAAAUGCUACCACAGGAUUGUGGUUUCACAACAACCAGAUAUUUUAUUAAUCUCCAAAGGUAGCAAGCCUCAGGGUGGGAAUGGCCAAAACACUCUAGAAAUGAAACAGAACUGAUUUACCUAUGAUGAGAAACCCAAAAGAAAAUACAGGCCUCUUACCUGUAUCCCUAAGCUAAACAGGAGAAAAAGGUUUUAAAAGAAAACGGCUUCCCACCCCUACAGCAACUAGAUCACCAAGAAAAGGUCUAUUUACACCAUUUACAAUCUAUACAAGACAACCAAGCUCUUCUCAUCACAGUAACUUGGUCACACAGCUCACCACUAAACACAAGACGCAUGGCUAAAUGCACAGCUUGUUUGGAAAUAGAAAGUGGGCGGGGCAGCCGGUCUUGAUAGGUCCCACUAUAUAGCCAGCCUCAUUCCAUGCUUAGCCAAUUAUCCGCGUCCACCUGGAACUUACAUAAGCACAAACAACACACAGCAUCAUGACUUGGGUCAUAACACGAGAAAGCGAUGGCAGCAGCUCUGCAAGCCCAUCAGUUUUCAAGCACUUAAUUUGAAACGCACUGAGACUUAAAUCCCCUUAAAAAGCCCUUUUGAAGUGUGUGUCCCAGAGUCAGAGCAUGAAGCAGCUGAAAAGUUUCAUACCCUUUAAAAUGUGGUGCUAACCUGGUUGUUGACUGAGCCAAAGCACUUUUGUUAUUUUCUCAUCAAGCUUUUGUUACAUUUUGUGUUUGCAUGCUUUUAUUUUGAUUUUAGCCCGGAUAUAUAACCCAGACUUUGUAAAUGUUGCUGAGCGCUGCAGUCUGGAUCCCCCGGGAGGCGCUCGUGUUAUAUUAAGAGUUGGGUUUUUGGCCUUACCGUGUCCACGUCUGGAGUGGGGGA